UCCAGGUGGGAAGGGACUUCCAGUGGGCCGCCUUUUGCCUGCAUCCCCUCCGCCAGCCGCGCCGACUCCCUCCCUUCAGCCUGGGACCACUUCGGGGUGGCGGAGUUGGUGGUUGGGAAGGAGUGGCUCAGCAGUCUUGAACUGACGUGACAAUUUUUCCUAAUCAGUUAAUUUACCUCUCAGUUGCCAAAACCCAAGGCAGACCCCUUUCCCUCCCUUCCCCUCCUCCUUCCUCCCUUCCCCAAGCCCUGCCCUUCCCGGGUGCCUAAGCUCCGCCUCCACCCUGAGGCGGGCCCCAUAGGUAGAGAGACUUGGGAGAGGUCGCGGCCCCGCCUCUCCCCUCCUCCCUGCACACGGAAGCUCUGUGGCCCCCAUGCCAGGAUGGACGACACCUGGGUUCCCGGGCCCCUACCCACCGUGCUGCUUGUUCUGCUGGCCGGCCUUCAACAGGCUGCAGCCAAAUGUGGUCUCUUCUUCACCUGCCCCCAAGGAUACAAAUGCUGCGGCGAGAACUGCUGCCGGGACACGGAGCUCUACUCCAGCCCCUUGAGACAGCAAGAGCAGGACUCCCCGGUGGAUCCUGAGGGCCCCUUGGAACAGCCCUCCGUUGCCCCCCCAGAGAGGGUCAGACCAUCCAUCUCUGACCCCCCACCCCCCUACAGCGAGGUUAUUCUGAAGCCAGUCCUGGACCUGCCCCCUACGGAGCCGCCCCCUCCCUACAGCUUCAGGCCAGAGGAAUAUGCUGGGGUACGCAGGGGCAUUGACAACCCAGCCUUCUGAGUCACGUGCUGCCCGGAAUCCUGCCCUCGGCCACCUUCUCCCCAGUGCCUCCUGGAUCAAGCCAGAGACUUGUGAGACUCCUGUAAUGCCGCCCAUCCUGCCACGUCUCGGGCCGUUCUUGGAUUUAACUUAUUGCUUCUCCUGCCCCUCUUCACCCCAGUUGCCUCCCUUGUCUUGAGGGCUGGGCAGUGACAGUGUCCACCCUCCCACCCCAUCCCAAGUUAGAGGCUGCCAGGAGGAAAAUCUUGACAGCUGAUGGUGCCCAACGGUGGUAUAGGGCUCCUCUGAGGACUGAAGAGAGCCCCAUUUCUGGAGGUGUACAAAUAUUGACGGGACAGCCGGCUCUGAGAAGUUGUGGAGGGCACUUCUGCACCAUGGGGGUUAGGAACUGUGUGAGCUCUGAGGCAUUUCCAAUGCUACCUGAAUAGAGAACACCCCAUUGUAGCCCCGCCCGGCUCAUGUACCUACUAAAUUUUAGCUGAUUUUU